UUUAAGCUCCGCCCCGCCCCCGCCGUGGCUCGUUUGAACAUGCGCAGAAGAGGUCCGGUGGUGGGGGGGGAGCAUGCGUGUUGGGGACAAGGCAGAAACGAGCGUGGGUUUGCGGAGCCGAGUGCGGCAUGCAGGCAGCUCUGGAAAUAACCUUGCGGUACUGCCACAAAGAAACCGAGCAAUAUGGCCGGUGUGUGGCUGCUAACCCUUCUUCCUGGCAGCAGGACUGUCACCAGCUCAAACUUGACAUGGCCAAAUGUACAUCAUCCCACCCAAUUGUUCAGAAGAUUCGCCAAGAUUGUGCUGAGCCAUUUACUGCAUUCGAGGAGUGCCUUAAGACAAAUCAGAGUUCUUCAAUCAAAUGUUCUGAACACCUCCAAAAGUUUCUCCUCUGCGCUGACCAGGUGAAACUGAAUACAUAAGCCUUUUGAUUUCUUCCGCAGAAACUUUGCUAUUCCUUGAAGUGACAUUAUGACUAAAAAAUUUGACCAGCAAUGGCACCAGUUCUCACCUGUCAUGAAGAUAUCUUUCCUAGUCUUCAGCAUCAUUCAUUUAUCUGCAGCCAUCCAAGAUUUCUCAGCUUGGCCCAUUGAAAUGGAAUCUCAAUUUACAAACCCAGGUAUCUGGGGUAGAUAUUUUAUUAUGCCUGGAACUUUUGCAGGCACUAUACAGUAAACUGGCAAAAACCCCAAAUAAUCUUUUCUGACCCAAUUUCGCAGACCGAAUUGCAACGUUCUAUGGCUCAAAGCAGAGUGAUGCAGGCAGAUUAAUGAACAGAAGAAAAAUGGAAUCUUAUUUUGCCAUGGAACUUCUCUGAAAGUAUUUUAAUCUUCUCUUAUAAACUGUGAAACUUGCCUCAGGGUAUCCUGUUUAUGCCCAGCUAAUGGGCAACAGCUAGCUAACUUUGACCUGAAAAAAUCUAAAACAAGGUCAGACUUAAUUACUUAGAUGGAAAGUCACCAUAUACUACCAUAGUUGUAUACAGAUUGGGAAGCCAAAAAGAAGUCUCCAAAGAAGAUACAGAUAAAUGGUCUUUUUUUUGUAUUGUUACCAAGAAAAAUACAUGUUCAUGCCACUCAGUCACUAGGAUACAAACUUGAUUUAGAGGAGACAUGAAUAUAGUACUUUUAUUCUAUUUGUAGUCAGUAGAGGGCACUCUGUAAACAUCUGAACGUUUUUGAUUCUUUGUUUUAUGGCUGUGUUGUAAAAAGGUGACAAGAAAAAUGACAUAAAAUGCAAUGUUACAUUAAUGAAGUUCAA